AUGAGGCAUUAUAAGCUUCUGCGGGUACGAAGAGCCAACACGAGGAGAGGCUGCUGGCUGCUGUGUUGCCAUCCUCUGAUCGUUGCCAAUGCGGCCACCUUCAUCAGCUGUAAUACUUUUAGAUUCUCGCCUCACUUACUCUCGCACGCUUUCCCGCUCUCAGUGCAGCCGCGGCCAUACAAAGGUGUCUUACGACUUCCUUACGCCUCUCUGCUGAACGACUCUCGAGACACUGUUUCUUUAAAUCUAGUCAUCAUUGAAGGUGACGUGCAGUACUUAGUGGCGGGGUCCCGUGCGAGCAGAAGGAUGUACGCCCUCCCGUAUACGGCCAGUGACGUGGAGCCCAGGCACUACAAGCUCGAAUGGCUGUCACUGCUGGGGGCCGUGGCCGCCGCCCUCGCCCUGCUGGUGGUCGCUUAUUUCAUCAACAAUCAAGAUGGACUGCAGAAGGUGGCCUUUAUUUGCAUUGUUGUUGCUGGCUUCACCGUGGCCUUGUGUCUGGCCGCACUGUUCGCCCACUACUAUGUUGCCAGGCACAACCCCAAGCGAAACAGGGACGACCCGCCCAAGUACAAGGACGCCUGGGGCAGAGACUACUAUUCCCGCAGGAUGUCAGAACUGCAGGACCCUGAGAAUAAUGUGUCCAGCGUUUCGUCCACCCUCCUUCCGCACUCCGUCCUCCAGCUCCAAUGUGACUUGCCUCGUAAUGAGUCUGCCCUGCGUCUUGGCUCCUCAUCGCACGUCAGUUCGUCCAUCCCAGACUUAGCUCCUCAUUCCUCACAAUCGGCAGCUGCUUUUUCAUCUCCAUCAUCUUCCACGUGCCAGAGUCAACUCGUCACUUGCUCCGCCACCAUCUGUUCGAGCCACUACGCCGAUGAAUCUCAAGAGGUAGUGAAUGAGCUGCCAUCUUACGAUGAAGCGAUGCAGUCCAUGGAUCUAUCCUCCAUCGAGAAGCUGAAGCACGAUAUUGAAGCCGACGGUGAUUGAUUAGCAAUAAGUGUCACUAUUAUUAUAUAAUAGUGCUUUAAGUUGACUUUUUACUCCAUUACAUGACAGAACCAGGUGUUUACUGUUAAGAUGGUGCUUCAUGUAGUGACUCGACGAGAUAGAUUAAGGGAGAGGUUACUCCCAAUGCAAACAUGUUAUUGUUACAAGUUGCACAUCACAGCCUUCCAUAGUUUUUUUUUUUUUUAUGAAUGAGCACAGUCUUAUGAUUAUAGACAAUAUUGAUCAGAAAAUUGCCUUUCAUAUAAAAAAAAAAUAAAUAAAUAAAAAGAAUCUCAAUAACAAGAGAGAUUUGGGAAACCUCGAUAAUCAUAAUAUGGAAACUGCGUGAGAUGAGAGAUUAUUACCGAUAAAUUCAUCAUAUUGAGCAACUUUACCUUUCUACUCUUCAUCAGAAAAUCCAUCUCCGCUCCAUUGCCUUCUGAUCAGCUGAUCAGCUCUUGUGUUACUAGUGUCCAUAAUGGAUCAUGUUUUGACUUGGAAAUAAAUAAACAUUUUCUUAAUUA